AGUUUGUCUACGGAAGUUUCCAAGAAACAACUCUGCUUAGUCUCUGGUGGAACUAAUAUUUUCCCCUAUUUCUUGCGAUCAAAGGAAACAAGUGCCAUCCUCGAUCUCUUGUUCCGUUGAACCAGGCAAUGGCAACAGAGAAAACAGAGCUAUCCACUUGCGGCUUCUCCAUACUACCGGAGGAUUGCGUCAGCUACCUGCUUUCCUUCACUUCGCCUUGUGAAGUCUGCAGGUUGUCGCUGGUCUCCAAAUUUUUCCUCGCUGCGGCACAAACUGAUCUCUUGUGGGAGUCCUUCCUGCCUCCGGACGUCGCUGAGAUACUAUCGCGUGCCGCUAAUCCGGUGGCCUACUCCUCUAAGAAGGAGCUGUACUUCCACCUCUGCCAACCCCUCCUCGUCGACGACGGCAAACGGAGCUUCCAAUUGGAAAAAUCAACAGGGAGGAAGACUUACAUGAUAUCUCCGGAAAUCAUGCGUAUAGUCUGGGUCGAAACUCCUCAGUAUUGGAGAUGGAUUUCACUUCCGCAAUCCAGGUUUAUUAAGCAGGCAGAGCUUUUAGCUGUUUGUUGGCUUGAGAUCAAUUGCUCAAUAGACAGUCGAUUGCUCUCCCAAAAGACAAUGUAUACAGCAUACAUGAUCUACAAGUUAAAUCCUGAUUCAUAUGGUCUCGAUUCCAAUUCCCAAAAGGCCUCCAUCAAAUUUGGAGUUCAUUCACAAGUAAAUCGUGUCACUUUGGAACCAGAUGAUGAAGAUGAUGAAGAGGAUGAUGAGGAAGAAGAAAAGCAAGUGCAGUUGAGAGAGGAUGGAUGGUUGAAAAUGGAGUUAGGCCAGAUUUAUAACGAUCAAGGCAAUGAAGGAGAGAUUCAGAUAAAUUUUUUGGACGUGGAAGAACUCCAUUGGAAGAAAGGCCUUGUUUUUGCUGGCAUUGAGAUAAGGCCAACCAAAAGAAAGGUGGAUGCUGAAUUCCUACGUUAAUUUGUUUGUAAACUCAAAUAAAUGUAAUUUUUAUGGUGAUGUUCCGACACAUUUAUAUAACAUUUCAAAGUAUUUGAUUGUGUAUUGUUACAAUAUAUAUGAUUUUAGAUGACUCA